AAAAGACGGGGAGAGAGAGAAAGAGAGGAGGGAGAAGAGGAGGAUGUAGUCGUCGGGCGCUGAGAGAAUGCAAAACGGACGCACCCCUCUGGAAGACCGGAUUGAACUAUAAACCCAUACGGAAUUUACAGCCACCCAAAGGAUAUUACACAUACUGACCUCGGCACAUACAUUUAUGGGGCACAUAUUAUCUGGAGCCUAUCUGUGUGGAGUUACAACUAUCAUCGCCACUCUCCUUCUAAUGAUGGGAUUUUGGAAGGUAGCUGCGCCCUGACCCUCGGUGAACGAAGGAGCCGUAACAUCCGGAGAGAGCUCCACAGCUGGCAGCCAGUCACUUUGGAAGGCGGGCCCUGCUGUACUGCAAUGAGCGAGUGACAACAGAAAGAAGAUUUUCAACCUUGACCCUCAUCCAUGAUGUUAUAGCCGUGAUAACAUGUGAUUCCUGAAGCAGAGUGUUAUCCGCUUUUACAUCUUUAAAGGUGUUGUGUCCAGGUGGGGUCUUAACCAUGGAGAGGCUGUUGCUGUGCGUGAUGCUGGCAGUUGCCAUGGCAGUGCGGGCACAGAUCUGCCCCAAACGCUGCGUAUGUCAGAUCCUGUCACCCAACCUGGCAACCCUCUGUGCCAAGAAAGGUCUACUCUUUGUACCGCCGAACAUUGAUAGGCAUACAGUGGAGCUACGGCUGGCUGACAACUUUGUCACAAGUGUGAAGAGGAAAGAUUUUGCAAACAUGACACGGCUGGUGGACCUAACAUUGUCCAGAAACACCAUCUCCUACAUCACACCUCAUGCCUUCGCUGAUCUAGAAAACCUCAGAGCUCUGCACCUCAACAGCAACCGACUGACGAGGAUAGGCAACGAUACAUUCAGCGGGAUGUCGAAGCUUCACCACCUCAUUCUGAACAACAACCAGCUGAUGCUGAUCCACCAGGGAGCAUUCAACGACCUGCUGGCACUGGAAGAAUUGGACCUCAGUUACAAUAACCUCGACUCUAUUCCUUGGGAGGCCAUCCAGAAAAUGACCAGCCUCCACACGUUGAGUUUAGACCACAACAUGUUGGACUUCAUUCCAGAGGGGACGUUUUCUCUGCUGCAGAAGCUCAACCGGCUGGACGUCACCUCGAACAAACUCCAAAAGCUGCCACCGGACCCACUUUUUCAACGAGCACAGGUCCUGGCCACGUCAGGUGUCCUGACCUCCUCUUCUUUUGCGCUGUCAUUCGGUGGGAACCCUCUCCACUGUAACUGUGAGCUGCUGUGGCUGCGGCGGCUGAACAGAGAGGACGACCUGGAGACAUGCGCCUCACCACAACACCUCUCCGGCAGAUACUUCUGGUCCAUCCCUGAGGAGGAGUUUCUCUGUGAACCUCCGCUCAUCACCAGAUACUCCCAUGAGAUGAGGGUGCUCGAAGGGCAGAGAGUUGCACUCAGGUGUAAGGCAAGAGGUGACCCAGAGCCAGCCAUCCACUGGAUAUCUCCAGAGGGCAAACUGGUAUCUAACUCCUCCAGAACGCUGGUCUACACCAACGGCACUCUGGACAUCCUCAUCAGUACUGUGAAAGACACCGGCUCCUUCACCUGCAUCUCCUCCAACCCUGCUGGCGAAGCCCAUCAGACUGUAGACCUGGUUAUUAUAAAACUCCCUCACAUCUCCAACAACACCAACAACAUCCAGGAGCCCGACCCAGGAUCAUCAGACAUUUCCACGUCUACCCGAGGUGGAGCCAAUGGGAGCAACGUGACGGGUGACGUGAAAGGCGGGGUAGAUAAGAAGGUGGUGACGGCUGAGGCCACAUCAUCAACAGCACUGAUCAAGUUCAACUUCCAGAGGAAUAUUCCAGGCAUUAGGAUGUUCCAGAUACAGUACAAUGGGAGCCAAGAUGACUCACUGGUUUACAGAAUGAUCCCCCCAUCAAGCAAGAACUUCCUGGUCAACAACCUGGCGGCAGGGACCCAGUACGACCUCUGCGUCCUGGCCAUCUACGAUGAUGUCAUCACCUCCCUGACAGCUACACGCGUGGUCGGCUGCGUGCAGUUCACCACUGAGUCAGAGUACAUGAGGUGUCAUUUUAUGCAGUCUCAGUUCCUCGGCGGGACCAUGAUCAUAAUCAUCGGAGGGAUAAUAGUGGCCUCCGUGCUCGUUUUCAUCAUCAUCCUGAUGAUACGGUACAAGGUGUGUAACCCUGGUGAGGGUGGUAAAGGCGUUUCAAUGUCGAUGACCAACGUUCACUCACAGACCAAUGGGCAGCAGUCACAGGGAUGCACUGUGACUCCCAGCGCCUCCAAACACGGCUCAAUCGGAUUAGACGACCUCUCAGGAGGCUCAAAGAAAAGGAGCGGAGCAGGAGGAGGCGGCGGAGGAGGAGGAGGAGGGGGCAAGGAUACGAUGACUCAGUCGUCCGACUCUUCCCCGCCUGACUGCUCCACGGCUACAUCGGGUCUCAGCCAGCCUUGGGCGGCCAGAAGCCCAACUGCUGGAGUUGAGGAACGGGAGAAAGCCGGUGAAGAGAGAGCUCAAGCUGGCGUCUCGUCACCCACCGGCACCACCGGCUCGCUCGCCAAGCCAAAGCGGAAGCCCGCUCCGACUAAGCCGGGCUCGGCUUGCUCCAACACCUCGGCCGCUCCUGAAAAUCUCCCCUCCUCCUCUCCUCGCCCUCCUUCCUCCUCCUCCGCCUCCACCGCCUCCUCUGCUCUCCUCCUCUCCUCCACCCCUCUGGAGAACCUCAACACCAACCGCAACAACUCCACCUCUCUCAACCAAACCCCGCCUCCCUACGUCCCCUCCCAAUUCUCCAGCCCUCUUGCCAGCCCGAGCCCCAUCCCCUCCAUCCGAUUUAGAGAGACGCCCGUCCUGCGCAGGGCCCCGCGCGCCUCCUCCUCCGCCUCCGCCAAGUACCAGACUCUCCCUGCGGAGGAUGGAGGACGGAGCAGGGCGAGGAGGAGGUACUCGCUCAGUGAAGGAGGCGGCUCAAAGACUCUCUCGUCCCAUCAGGGAGGAGGAGCUUCCAGAAUAGGGCGCAAAAUGCGGAACAAAAGGAGCCAAUCAAUGAGCGGGAUGCUUCUCCCGAAAGACGGGGAUGGAGACUCGGACAAAGGGUGGUGCGAUUCGGACUGGAUCUUGGAGAGUACGGUUUGAACCGGAACAAGACAGCAACCAUCAAAUAAACUUUGGUUUGUUCAUUAUUGUUCACCUUGUGUAUGAGUGUGUGCCUGCGGUUCUGUGUGUGUUUCUGUGUGUGUUUGAAUUUGUUUAGAGGUGUGCGAGUGAAGGCUAACAGAGGCUAACAAACAUGAAACACUGUGUGUGUUGUGUUUUUGGGUGAA